GUUGUCCUUGCGCAUUGUGAAGGAAUCGAAAGUUGUGUGUGAUGCAUGGUGGUCGGAUGCCUACGCGGAUAGGUAGCUGUAAACAAGAAAUUUAGGUUAAAUCAAGUAUAGUUUCGGUUUUUCUCUCGUAUUUUGAUAAUUCAUUUAUCAAAAAAAGAUACAAUGGCGUCCAAGGUUACUUUCAAAAUCACGCUGACGUCUGAUCCAAAAUUACCAUUCAAAGUACUAAGUGUGCCAGACAACACACCUUUCACAGCAGUACUGAAGUUUGCAGCUGAGGAAUUCAAAGUUGCCCCAGCCACCUCUGCAAUAAUCACGGAUGAUGGUGUAGGUAUUAACCCACAACAGACUGCUGGUAAUGUUUUCUUAAAACAUGGUUCAGAAUUAAGGUUAAUACCAAGAGACAGAGUUGGACAAAGUAGUUGAUUUGGAUUAUUUAAUAAAUUUAUGUAUUUUGUUUCAUAAAUGAUGUAUUUUAUUAUUGAUUGGUCUAACUUUUUCUAUGUUUUUUUUUUUGAAAGUUUAAGUGUAUUAUAUGGAUACUGAAAUAUACAUAUAUUAAAUGAAAUAAAUCAUGUGUAUAUUUCUGUAGGACACAGGGAAAUAAUAAAACUUAUUUAUGGAGUAGAAA